UUUUUUGUUUGUCGUCGCGUUCGCUCGUUUCACUUAAGCGCUUGGCUCGACGGAUCGAAAGGAAAAGGGGCGGAAAAUAGGUUCAAUUAAGUAUUUCGAGUGCCCGGCUAGCCCAGCCACUAGGUGAAUGUGCAGAACGUGAGGGCCAGUGAGAACGCACUGUCGCCACACUCGAAGCCUUCUGGAGCGUCCUGCGGCGGAGAGCCGCGCGAGGCAUUGUGCAAAAAUCAAUUCAAGAUGUAAGGACAGGACCAGCUGGAUUUCCCCGCUAAGAAACGCAACCAAAGAAGCUGCCAGUCCUUCAAAACGGCGUUUUGCCAACUCUCAGGCUGAAGUACCCGGGUUCCUUCCAUCCUCAUACCAGUAAACUCAAAACAAAAGCCAAAUGACUGCCAACAGUCUACUGGGAAGGUCAAUACUCAAUGAAGGACGCUCGAAUAAGCGCUCUUUUGUGUCCCUGAUCGUGGGCCUCAUUGUGGGCUUUUGCCUCGCGGAGCUGUUCGUGUACUCCUCGACGCCGGAACGGAGUGAGUUUAUGCCGUACGAUGGCCACCGGCACGGCGAUGUGAACGACGCCCAUCACAGCCACGACAUGAUGGAGGUGUCUGGGCCGGAACAGGAUGUCGGCGGACACGAGCACGUCCACGAAAAUUCGACCAUUGCCGAGCGACUGUACAAUGAGGUGCGAGUGCUCUGCUGGAUCAUGACCAACCCGAGCAACCACCAGAAAAAGGCGCGCCACGUGAAGCGCACCUGGGGCAAGCGGUGCAACAAGCUGAUCUUCAUGAGCUCGGAAAAGGACGAAGAGCUGGACGCAGUGGCUCUGCCGGUGGGCGAGGGGCGCAACAACCUAUGGGGCAAGACAAAGGAGGCCUUCAAGUACAUCUACGAGCAUCACAUCAACGACGCCGAUUGGUUUCUGAAGGCCGAUGACGACACCUACACGAUAGUGGAGAACAUGCGGUUCAUGCUGUACCCCUACAAUCCGGAGACCCCGGUCUACUUUGGCUGCAAGUUUAAGCCGUACGUGAAGCAGGGCUACAUGUCGGGAGGCGCCGGAUACGUCCUCAGCCGGGAGGCAGUCCGUCGGUUUGUAGUCGAAGCCUUGCCCAAUCCAAAGAUGUGCAAAGAGGAUAACACUGGUGCCGAGGACGUUGAGAUUGGCAAGUGCCUGCAGAACGUAAAGGUCCUGGCGGGGGAUUCCCGGGACUCCAAUGGACGUGGUCGCUUCUUUCCAUUUGUUCCGGAGCACCAUCUUAUUCCGUCGCACACGGACAAGAAGUUUUGGUACUGGCAGUACAUCUUCUACAAAACCGAUGAGGGUCUUGACUGCUGCUCGGAUAAUGCCAUAUCCUUCCAUUACGUCUCUCCUAAUCAAAUGUACGUGCUGGACUAUCUGAUCUACCAUCUGAGACCCUACGGGAUUAUAAACACACCCGAGACAUUGCCCAAUAAGUUGAGCGUGGGGGAACUGAUGCCGGUGAUCAAGGAACAACAAACGGAAAGCACAAGUGAUAGGGUCUCCAAAAGGUCCGCCGACACAAAGACGAAAUAGUAGAGACAGACGGAUAGACUCGUAGUGUACAUACUUUAGAUAGCUUUUGUAUAUACUUAAACAUACUUGUAGCCCCACAUGAUGAGUCACUAUAAGCUAUGCUAGCAUUGCCAUUACCAAUUGCCUAUUAUGUCGUCGGUCCUUUGAAUUAUGUAGAUUAAUUUCCUCCAUAUUCCCGAAAGGUUUCGUUUGGGUUCCAUUGCAGAGCCGGUUCCUUUUGUACAAAUACCAAACCUAGAUAUAACUUAGAUCUAUUACUAUAGCUUGUAAUUAAACCUAGGUUGUACAAUUAUGAAACCAUCACUAACAGGGCGCAUUCACUAUUCUACUCUUGUUUUUCGUCACUAAGUUAGCCACUUGCGCAUUUAUAAGUCGCCUAAGUAAAUCCUAAAUAUGUAUGUAUAUGUAGCUAUAUAUUGUAUCUCUUUUGUGAUUGAGAUUAUUACGUAUUAUAGAUGUUAUACUUCUACAUGUAUUUAAUAAAGUGCAAAUAUAUUACAAAUCAAA